AUGGCCCAGCAGAUUUGUUUCGACGGGCUAGCCGUUGUCGUCACUGGCGCCAGCAGGGGCAUCGGCAGAGCUUACGCUUUGUUCUUUGCAUCAAGAGGAGGAAUGGUCGUUGUCAACGACUUUGGCGGCUCCCUGAAGGGCGAAGGUACCAGCGCAAAGGCCGCGGAUAUGGUAGUAGAAGAGAUUAGAGCAGCUGGUGGCACCGCUGUCGCCAACUACGACAGUGUUGAAAAUGGCGAAAGGAUUAUCGAGACAGCAAUCAACGCCUUCGGCCGUGUCGAUGUCCUCAUCAACAAUGCCGGCAUUCUUCGCGAUGUCAGCUUCGAAAACAUGAAAGAUUCCGAUUGGGACCACGUUAUCUCUGUUCACCUUAACGGCGUCUUUAAGUGUUCAAGAGCUGCCUGGGUACAUUUCAGGCGACAAAAUUAUGGCCGGAUUAUCAAUACCACGUCUGCUGCCGGUCUCUUUGGUAGCUUCGGUCAAACGAACUACUCAGCUGCAAAGCUUGCCCAGGUCGGUUUGACCAAAUCACUCGCAAAAGAAGGCGUGAAGUACAAUAUUUUGUGCAAUGCUAUUGCCCCAGUUGCCGCUAGCCGGAUGACUGAGACCAUCAUGAACCCCGAUCUCUUAGAGAAUCUCAGACCCGACUGGGUUGUUCCUCUCGUUGCAGUUUUGGCAUCCGCGAAGUCAAAGGAAAGCGGGUCAGUCUUCGAAGUCGGUGCAGGACGUGUUGCAAAGUUCCGAUGGGAGCGUUCACAAGGCCUCCUACUCAAGACUGACGAGACAUAUACCGCGGGGGCGAUCCUCAAGAGGUGGCCCGAGGUGAUGAAUUUCACCAGUGCGGAUCAUCCAACCGGCCUUGCUGACAUGGUUGCCAAAGUGAAGCAGGCUCAAGAUUUGCCAAAGAGCCAGUCCAAUAAGGAGAUUAGGCUGGAUGGCAAAGUAGCUCUAGUUACAGGUGGUGGGACAGGCCUGGGUCGGAUUUAUUCGUUGGCUCUCGCGAAACUUGGCGCAUCGGUCGUUGUAAACGAUAUGGCCAAUGCCGAGAAUGUAACGAACGAGAUCAAAGCUUCUGGCGGAAAGGCUACAGCGAACAGCUCGUCCGUGGAGGACGGGGCAUCGGUGGUCAAGACCGCAAUCGACAUUUACAACAGAAUCGACAUCUUGAUCAACAACGCUGGGAUAGUAAGAGACAGGUCGUUUGCGAACAUGAGUGAUCAAGAAUGGCAUGCUGUCAUUGACGUGCACUUGCGAGGAACGUACAGCGUCACCAAAGCAGCGUACCCCUAUAUGCUGAAGCAACGAUUCGGUCGGAUUGUGAAUACCACCAGCCCGAGUGGCAUCUAUGGUAACUUUGGACAGGCGAACUACUCGUCGGCGAAAGCUGGCAUUCUAGGCUUCAGUCAGGCUCUCGCCCUUGAGGGUAUGAAAAACAAUAUCCUUGUUAACACCAUUGCACCAAACGCCGGUACUCAGAUGUCUAAGGGUGUUCUUCCGAAGGAACUGUAUGACGCCUUUAAACCGGAAUAUAUUGUUCCCCUGGUCACCUUACUAUCUUCGGAUGCAAGUGUCAACCCCCCAAUCACUGGCAUGCUAUUUGAAGUCGGUAGCGGAUGGCAAGCCCGAACGAGAUGGCAAAGAUCUGGGGGCCACAACUUCCCUCUAGAUACGAAGUUAACCCCAGAGCAAGUCGUUGAGAAGUGGUCUGAGAUUAUAGCAUUUGACGGGCGGGCUGAUAACCCGGAAAGUGGAGCUGAUGCAGUAGCAAAAUUUAUAGCUCACGCCGGAAGUAAACCCAGCGCCUCACUCAGCAAGACGGAUUAUUUAUCGCUCAUCGAAGCCGCGAAGAAGGCGAAACCGAUACCGACAGAGUUUACCUAUACGGAUCGCGAUGUGAUCCUCUAUAACCUCUCGCUCAACGCAAACGCCUCACAGCUUUCUCUGGUAUACGAAAACGACAAAAAUUUCCAGCCAUUACCAACCUUCGGCGUCAUCCCCUUCUUUAGCGCCGUUACACCAUUUAAGUUGGAGGACCUUGUGCCCCCGUACUCGCCGAGUAUGUCGCUCCAUGGGGGUCAAUAUCUAGAGAUCCGAAGGUUCCCUAUUCCGACGUCGGUAAAGACUGUGUCUUAUCGCAAGCUAGUUGAAGUCGUCGAUAAGGUCAAAUCCACUGUUAUAGCCUUAGCCACGGUAACUCAGGAUGCAAAGACCGGAGAGGAUCUCUUCUACAAUGAAUCGACCCUCUUUAUCCGUGGUGUGGGCAACUUUGGUGGACAGAAGAAAGUGAGCCUACGAGGAAAUGCUACGACAGACUUUAUGCCGCCGCGGCGCGCACCUGACGUGGUUGUGGAGGAGAAGACGAGCAGAGAUCAAGCCGCCCUCUACCGCCUCAAUGGGGACAGAAAUCCUCUUCAUAUUGAUCCUGAAUUCAGCAGUGCUGGUGGAUGGAAGGACCCAAUUCUACACGGCCUCUGCUCGUUCGGGAUCAGUGGUAAACACAUUAAGCAAAAGUUCGGCUUGUUCAAGAACAUUAAAGUUCGCUUUGCAGGGGCUGUGGUUCCAGGACAGACAUUGUUGACGGAGAUGUGGAAGGAAGGAAACAUCAUUGUCUUCCAAACUCGAGUCAAGGAAACUAGAAAGUUGGCGAUCGCGGAUGCUGGCGCGGAACUGGUUGGAGCGCAACGUCCGAACUUGUAA